AUGUACGAUCGAUGUAGAGGAGAGAUUGGACUUAAGAAUUGGGAGUAUAUAAGGGGUGAUUUGAUUAUUGCGGCUGAUGGAGUGAACUUGGUUGCGAGGACGAUUCUUGAAGAGAGUGGCCGUUCUUCUUUUGAGAAUACUGGGGUUGCGGCAUAUCGUGCUACCGUCGACGUGGAGCGCAUCAAAAAUGACCCGGAACCUUCUUGGUUGCUCGAUCGACCGAGUCUUAAUUUAUGGUUGGACUCGGUUGACUUUCUCGUUAGGGUCGGUGACCAGCGACAUGUUAUGACAUAUAUCAUUGGAGCUGGCAAGUCGUUCAAUAUGGCUCUCUCGCAUCCAGAUCAUAGUGACCCGUCGACUUGGGAUCAGGCAACUGCUCUGGCUGAUUGA